CCACAGAACCUCGCCCGUGCGCAACGAGACCAAGAAAAGGACGAGCUCGACGAAGAAGCACUCGUCAAGAAUGUUCGGCCUCUUAUUGAGCAAGCUCACGGUAUUUUGCAGGAAGGUCUCGGUGGAAUCAAGGCCCUUGACCCGGGAGGAAAAGUUUCGCAGCAGUCGAGCAGGCGGGCAGCGGACCACCAAGCCACGUCGGAGGAGCAGCAUCUGGCUGAGUCGCUAGGCACACUCACCGGAGACGUCACAGAAACGAUUGAGAAUGCGAGGAACAUCAUCGCCAAUAUGCCAAAGGCGAAGAAGGAUCUUGGACCUCUACUCGAUGCUCUCACCCAACCUCUCAUGCAAAUCAUUGGCGGUGUCGGUCUUGUGCUGAACGGUGUACUU